UUUUCCCGCACGUCAAUCGGCGAUGUGAGUCAUCAGCGUGAGCCACUCCGACCUGUGGGAAUAAGAUGGCGGGGAAGAAGAACGUUUUGUCGUCUCUUGCGGUUUAUGCGGAGGAUUCAGAGCCUGAAUCUGAUGGCGAGGCUGGAGUCGACGCUGUGGGUGGCGCAGCUGAAGAGAAAGGUGGCUUGGUAUCUGAUGCCUACGGAGAAGAUGACUUCUCUCGACUCGGGGGUGAUGAAGAUGGCUAUGAAGAAGAGGAGGAUGAGAACAGCAAGCAAUCGGAAGAUGACGAUUCAGAGACUGAAAAACCUGAGGCUGAUGACCCAAAGGAUAAUACAGAAGCAGAGAAGCGGGAUCCCCAGGAAUUAGUGGCCUCCUUCUCCGAAAGGGUCCGAAACAUGUCACCUGAUGAAAUCAAGAUCCCUCCAGAGCCACCUGGCAGGUGCUCAAAUCACUUACAAGACAAGAUCCAGAAGCUUUACGAGAGGAAGAUAAAGGAGGGAAUGGAUAUGAACUACAUUAUUCAAAGGAAGAAGGAGUUCCGGAACCCCAGCAUCUAUGAGAAGCUGAUCCAGUUCUGUGCCAUUGAUGAGCUGGGCACCAACUACCCAAAGGAUAUGUUUGACCCCCAUGGCUGGUCUGAAGACUCCUACUAUGAGGCCUUAGCCAAGGCCCAGAAGAUUGAAAUGGACAAAUUAGAAAAGGCCAAGAAGGAGCGAACCAAAAUUGAGUUUGUCACAGGCACCAAGAAAGGCACCACAACCAAUGCCACGGCCACCACCACCACCACAGCCAGCACAGCUGUUGCAGAUGCCCAGAAGAGAAAGAGCAAAUGGGAUUCUGCCAUUCCAGUGACAGCCAUAGCACAGCCCACCAUCCUCACCACCACAGCCACGCUGCCAGCAGUGGUCACUGUCACCACCAGUGCCAGUGGCUCCAAGACCACUGUCAUUUCUGCUGUGGGCACCAUUGUGAAGAAGGCCAAGCAGUGACCAGAGGGCACCCCCAGGAUUUGGCAGGACUGUGCUGCCCAGUGACUGCUGCCCACUGGGAGGUGCCACUCUGUUUCAGGACUAAGAUGUGUUCCCCGCGUGCCUUCCAAAAGGAGCCUCUAUGUGACAUUCCAGCCGGAAGGGCAUUGCAGCAGAGGCAGUGGGGUGCAUCGGACUGUCUGUCCUUAGACCUCUUGGGGUCUCACCCAAUUAAAAGUACUGCAUUCUUAGGUCCCUGCAUGCCAGAUGCACUGGCCUCUCCCAUGCUGUGUUCAGGCAAACAUGACGCUCAAGUGCCCCUCCGUCUCAGUCAGGAUUAUUGCUCAGGGUGAACCAUGGCAUGACAAAAACUGAGAGUCUCAGAGGGGUGGCCCAGGGAGUUAGAGCGUGGUCAUUCCUAGCCUGUGCCCAGGGGCAUGGGCAGGUGGGGGCUCAAGAAGGGGGUCAGACACAGGCUCCUUCCUGAUUUCUGCUUUCCUGACCCGGAAACCAGAUUUUAGCGAUUCUCAGGCAAUAGCAGAGGCCUCUGCUCUCAUGGGUGCAGUUAAGCGCUCCCCACAUUGCUUCUGAUACACACCCAGGCUUUUGAAAUCAGGCCAGUUAACAGAGGGCUGGGAUGUGACUCCCAACCUGCCCAGGACAGGAGCAAGGUUGGGCACCUGGCCAAGGCCACCCCAGUCCCUCAGUGCCCAGUGAGUGUGGCCAGCAGGAUCCACGCAGUGGUGGUGAUGAAUCACCUCCUGCUCUGGCCGGGGCGGCAGCUCAUUGUUUAUGUGAAAGCCUGCUCUUGGGAAGGUUUCUGCCACCCCACCCUUCCUCUGUUGUUAUCUCUGCCCAGCAGCAGCCCCUGGGUAGCACCAGUUGCCACUCUUAGGACCCAAACAGGUUCAUCAGCCCAAGAUGCCAGAGGGGAACGCUUGCCAUUCAUACCCUCUGGCAGCUCUCCUUCCCACACAGCGGAAAGGCUGAGUGUCAGAGGAGGAAACCAGGCUGUGAAGGGUCUUGUUUCAUGGGACCAACAGAGACCGUGGAAGGUGCUUCUGAGUUUGUGGCUGGUAUUUGUUUUGUGAUCCAAGGGCUGACAAACUGCCUGUGAGAUCUCUAAAAUAAAAACGGAGUCACACUC